AUGGGCGAGCAUCUGGUGGGCCGUAGCUGGCUGCCGUUGGGCGAGGGCUUCCGGCACGGCCUCGCCGCCAGCCUCGUAGGCUGGAGCUUGCACGGUGGUGCCAAAUUCCUGGGGUACAACAUGCUGAGGGAGGAGCUGCACGACGUGCUGCCGUGGGGUCCGUCGAACACGUACCUCUUUGCCUCGCUCACCGCCGAGACCGUCGCCACCCUCCUCCUCGCGCCCUUCCACACCUGCGAGGUCAAACUCGUGUCGGAUCCGCUGUUUGCGCCCAGCCUCAUCGCCGCCCUGCUCAAGAUCAUCCGACUUUCCGGCGUCCGUGGGCUGUUCGCGGGGCUUCCGGUGCUGCUGUUGCGUCAGCUGGUGGCGGGCUUCUGCAAGUUCCACCUGUUCGAGAAGUGCGCGCGUGCCUCCUUCAACUACCUCGAACCAGGCUACGCCAAGGACCGAAAGAUCAAACGCUACCACCGAGUCGCGGGCGUGCUGUUUUCGUCGCUGGUCACGUCGGCGGUGUGCGCCAUCGUCAGCAACCCGUUCGAUGUCAUCUACACCCACAUCGCUGCGUCCCCUUCCCCGCUCAGCGUCCUCGAUGUCUACGCCCAAGUAGGCCUUACCGGUUUGUUCGCUGGCGUGGGAUACCGAGUGGCAUCCACCACGCUCAACAAUUUCUUCAUCUGGGUCUACUACGAUUUGUUCAAGGAGCUCAUUGCCAUGUGA